GUGAACAGCCUUCAGGCAUGUCUACGGUGGAAGAUCUGAAUUCAGGCUGGUGGCAGGAGACAACACAACCACAUUUUCUUUUAUGCAUGCAUUUGGUUUAAUUGACACAUUAACCACAGACAAAGGGGUAAAGGCCACAAGGUGUUAGGAAGUGCACUGACCAUUGGAGGCAUAAAAGAGGUCUUCAAAGAGCCCGAUCCUCACUCUCCCUGCACAGCUCAGCAGGACCUCAGCCAUGAGACUUCUCAUCCUGGCCCUCCUUGGCAUCUGCUGUCUCACUGCAUACAUUGUGGAAGGUGUAGGGAGUGAAGUCUCAGAUAAGAGGACCUGUGUGAGCCUCACUACCCAGCGACUGCCAGUUAGCAGAAUCAAGACCUACACCAUCACAGAAGGCUCCUUGAGAGCAGUAAUUUUUAUUACCAAACGUGGCCUAAAAGUCUGUGCUGAUCCACAAGCCACGUGGGUGAGAGAUGUGGUCAGGAGCAUGGACAGGAAAUCCAACACCAGAAAUAACAUGAUCCAGACCAAGCCAACAGGAACCCAGCAAUCGACCAAUACAGCUGUGACCCUGACUGGCUAGUAGUCUCUGGCACCCUGUCCCUCUCCAGCCAGCCAGCUCAUUUCACUUUACAUGCUCAUGGACUGAGUUUAUACUCACCUUUUAUGAAAGCACUGCAUGAAUAAAAUUAUUCCUUUGUAUUUUUACUUUUAAAUGUCUUCUGUAUUCACUUAUAUGUUCUAACUAAUAAAUUAUUUAUUAUUAAG